GCUCAGAGAGUUUUCUAUCUGAAGGACAGAGCAUCUAUGGAUGAUGGGGGUGCCAUGGUUGCUAGCGCUGGAACUUGUCCUAUAUGCGGGAUCGUUCAUGUGUGGAGUGAUAACAGUUGCCUCGGUCACCAUCACACAGGGUCACUUUGCAGGACAGUGCAUCCUCUAUGGGAGUAUCUGCUUCAACACAUCUGACCAAUCUUUGACAAUUGAAAGCUCCAGUUCUCCCUCAGUCUGCUAUUUUGUGUCAUCCAUCUCCAUGUGUGUGGCCAUUUAUUGUUUUUCCCUAAUCCUCUACUGGAUCUAUGCAAGCUUUGUCAAUGAUUACAUUAAAAGGAGAAGUAUGUGGCUCAGUGUGUCCCUGUGGAUUUGUGGACUCCUUCUACUUUUUCUCUUGAUGUCAGGGUGUAUUUUGAAGAUUGGUAGAGACAACCUGUGUCUCUCUGUCCUUCACAACAACUCCUCCUUCAGCAGUUGUAAGGACGCACAGAAUAUGACAUGGUCGAAUCCCUAUAUAGGAAGUGAAUUUUACAUACAACUGUACAGUGCUGAGAAAUCCGUGUGGGUGAGUUUCUUCUUCUGGCUGUUAGUUGUGGCAGUUGUGGUGGUGCAGAGACGGCAGGCCCUUAAUGAAGAGGGCCAAUGGAGCUGUGAUGAAACCGAACCUUUCCUCCACCGCCGGGCUCGAGUUCUGUGAACCUCACCACACACUAACACAUCAACAUGUGGCAUAGAACAUUGAGGACUGACUAGAGGACAUGUCCAAAAGAAAUUGUGAGAACUGAUAAUCCAAGAAGCCUACUUGUAUUUGAUGAAUUUGUCAAAUAUUUUGUUAAAAAUCUCAUAUGAACUAGUGAAAAUGACCAUUAUCCUAGAUAUGGCCAAGCAAAUGUAAAGAUUGUAAGGAUAUACUUAUCUAAAUACUAUAUUAACCAAACUAGAUUACACCACUAAGGGUUUCUGAGGUACAUUGAUGAGACAGUGAAAUGAUUUAACCUCCAAACAUCUUUUCUGGUUUUGCAAAGCAUUUGUAUUUCUUGCCAGAAACUUAAUGCAAAACAUGGUGUGGAAUAAAGCCAUUGUUUGAAAUUAUUGAAAUAAUUGAAGACUAAGUAAGGAGUGUAACAUUCACAACCAGUUAUACGUUGCAAUUUGUCAUUUUCAGAGCCUGCACCUGCCUGCAAGGUGAUUUGUAAUUGCAGUUAAAAUCAUUUACAAGAAUUUCCCUUCACUUUUCCCAUCACUUUGCACCCUCUCUGUUGAAAGCCUUGUGAGUUCUGUUUUAUAGAAGGGAGGCAGUGUGAGUAGCUUUGGGAUCACAUCCUUGUUCCAGCUGGGAUGAAAAAUGUAAACAGAAACCUGAAAUUGUGGCAAAAGUAAGGCAAUUUUUUUCAAACCUAUAGCUAAUAUUUUUAGCUAUAUUUCUUUUUGAAACAUGUAUAAAAUUAGUCACAACCUUAAUCUUUUACUAUUAUGCAUACACUAAA